AUCACAACAUACUCAUAAUUUUGUUAAUUCCAGAUAUUUCUCAUCAUUAAAUUAUAAAUAAUUUAUUCUCUGUGAAAUAAUAUAGAUGAAAAUAAUUGUGUAGGAAUUUCUCUCUAGUCAGGUUCGAGAAUUUUCGUUGAUGGAGGGUAGUAAAGCGUUACCGAGAAUUAAUGUUUACAAGAAAUUGCCCGGUUUGUGUGCGUUUAUGAUGUUAUUCGGCUCGCUUGUUGAAAUUAGUCUCAUUAAUGGUGGACUCUACUCAGAUUCUGACAGAAAAGACCCUAAAAAUAAAUCAAAUUAA